CGCAAACAUGGGUGACGCAGUGGUGGGCUUGAUCGGUAUGGGCGACAUGGGCAAGAUGUACGCUCGCCGGCUCAGCGAAGCCGGAUGGAGAGUGCACGCCUGUGAUCUUCCCGACAAGUAUGACUCGUUAGUUGAAGAAUUUAAGGAUAGUGAAAACGUAACGGUUUUCAAGAACGGCCACCAUGUCUCGCGUAGCAGUGACUACAUCAUCUACUCCGUUGAAGCAAAGAAUAUCGACGCUGUCGUCGCUGCCUAUGGUCCAUCAACCAAGAUGGGUGCCAUCGUUGGCGGCCAGACCUCCUGCAAAGCCCCCGAAAUGGCAGCAUUCGAAAAGCACCUCCCCACCGACGUCGAGAUCGUCUCCUGCCACUCCCUCCACGGCCCCGGUGUAAACCCCAAAGGCCAACCUCUAGUCCUGAUCCAACACCGCGCCUCCGACGCCAGCUACAACCUCGUCUCCAAGAUUCUGUCCUGCUUUGAAAGCAAGCACGUCAAACUCACAGCCGAAGCCCAUGAUCGCAUUACCGCAGACACGCAAGCAGUCACUCAUGCAGCAUUUCUAUCCAUGGGCACCGCAUGGGCGGCCAAUAACCAGUUUCCUUGGGAAAUGCCUAGAUAUGUGGGUGGUAUUGAGAACGUUAAGAUCAACAUUACUCUACGCAUCUACGCCAACAAAUGGCACGUUUACGCUGGCCUUGCCAUCUUGAACCCAGCUGCCAAACGCCAGAUCAAGCAGUACGCUGAGUCAGUUACUGAGCUCUUCAAAUUGAUGUUGGGAGGACACAAGGAAGAGUUGAGAGAACGUAUUGAAUCUGCGCGCAAAGCAGUCUUUGGCAACAUGGAUGGAAACAGCAAUAACGGACAUGAACUGUUGCUUCAAGAUGAUCUGCUCGAUCAAUUUAGUUUGGGCGAGAAACCUGCUGCAAGCGAGAGAGUCAAGAAUAAUCAUCUUAGUCUGUUGGCUAUGGUUGAUUGUUGGUGGAAGUUGGGUAUCGUGCCCUAUGACCAUAUGAUUUGCUCUACACCACUCUUCCGUCUCUGGCUCGGAAUCACAGAAUAUCUCUUCCGCAACCCGGAACUACUGGAAGAAGUAAUCGACACUGCAAUCAACGACAAUACCUUCCGCCGUGACGACCUCGAGUUCACCUUUGCCGCCAGAGACUGGUCCGAACGUGUCUCGUUCGGCAACAUGGAAGGCUACCGCUCAAAGUUCGAGAAAAUACAAGCAUACUUUGCACCUCGCUUCCCCGAAGCCACUCGUGUGGGUAACGAGAUGAUCAAGACGAUUGAAGAAAGUCUUAGACAGAGAAAGGGCGAUGCUGGAAACUAGAACUCGUCGUAAAGAAGAGAGAACUUGUAUAGCAAAAGAAUGAGAUUAUGAAC